AUGACCACUCUAGAGGAGAAGGCUCAUUCAACGAUUACGUUGUGUCUGGCUGAUGACAUAAUCACUGAAGUCGCAGAGGAGGAAACUGCAUCUGGAUUGCGUAAUAUUGAUAUUAAGGUGGAGGAUGAGAAUGUCGCUUUGGUUCUGCUUGUUUCUUUACCGUUAUCAUACGAAAAUUUUGUGCAAUCUUUCAUAAUUGGUAAAGAUUAUGUGUCUCUAGAAGAGGUUAAAUCAUCACUGCAUACUAGGAAAUUGCACCAUAAGGCAUUUGCUAGUUUAGGUACAGAUAAUCAAGCUUCUGGAUUAGUAGUCAGUAGUGGUGGUAAAGGACGUGGUAAAAAGAAUUUCAAGAAAUCUGGAAAUUCUAAAGGGGGUCCUAAACCUAAUGAUGUCUCAGAAAAUUCGAAUUAUGAGGAUGACCUUGCUCUAGUUGCUAAUGAGCAAAUAUAUUGUAAUGAUGUGUGUGUUCUUAAUUUUGGAGCGUUGUAUCAUAUGGGUCCUCGUAGGGAGUGGUUCACUACUUAUGAGCAGGUAGAUGGAGGAAAUAUUUCAAUGGCUAGCAGUGCAGUCUGCAAGACAGUUGGAAUAGGCUCUAUCAAGAUCCAGACACGUGAUGGUACGUUUUGCACUUUGAAUAAUGUCAGGCAUGUUCCACAGAUGACCAAGAAUCUGAUUUCACUUAGUCUUUAG